GGUGUCAGUGCUGUUCCUCACCGCGCAGUGCCACACAAACGAAGAAUCUCCAGCAUGACAACUUCCUGUAGAGCAGAAGCACGUGGGAAAACGUGCCUUAUUACUACUGAACUGUUUACAGGCAUUCAUAUGACAAGAUCUUUAAUGUUAUCGCGACUUGUAUAUAACAAUAUCUGCCAUAGUCAGUAAUCAACAGUGUUGUUUUAGAGACGUUUGCUGGCUGUGAAGAACAGUCGAGCUGACUCGUGUGGGAAAAAUGCCUGCAGUCACUUUAUUUGUCAGGAGAUUACCUGCAACAGCCACUAAUGAACAUCUGGCAGAGGUUUUCUCAGAAAUAGGACCGCUGAAGAAUUGCUUUGUUGUCAGGGACAGAGAGACUGAAAAAUGUCGUGGCUUUGGAUAUGUCACAUUCUCAAUGGAAGAAGAUGCUCAGCGGGCCAUUAAAGAAGUCAAAGCGUAUGAAGGCGAGAAGAUAUUUGUAACUGUGGCCAAGAAAAAGCCCGAUAAUAAGAAAAAGAAGAAGAAAGUGAAAACAGAAGAAGAUUCAGAAGAUACAAAGAAACCUCAGGAACCAACAGAAACCAAAAGUCCUGCAAAGUGUACAAACAUAAAGAAGAACAAACUGAAAGCUCGACUGAUCCUCAGAAAUCUCAGUUUUAAGUGUGAAGAAGACGAUUUGACACAGAUCUUCUCUGAGUUUGGAACAGUGAUUGAGGCCAAGAUUCCCUUAAAACCAGAUGGGAAGAAGCGAGGUUUUGCAUUUGUGCAGUUUAAGAACAUGGCAGAAGCUGGAAAAGCUCUGACUGCGAUGAACCUGAAGGAGAUCAAAGACAGACAGGUGGCUGUGGACUGGGCCAUUGCAAAAGACAAGUAUCUCGCCACCCAGUCAGCUGGAGCGGCUGGAACCGUCAAAGAAGAGAAUGUGAAUUUGAAUUCUAAAGGUGCAGGAGCUGAUGGGAAUGAAAAAGAGGCCAAGAAAAAGCCCACAUCACAGGAAGAAAAGGAUGACUCUGAGUCAGAAGAAGAAGAGGCGUCUGAGGAUGAGGAUGAUGAUGAAGCCAAUAGUAGUGAAGAGGAAGAUGCAGAAAAUGACUCUGAAUCUCAGCAGACAGACAGUGAUGCCAGUGAACCUGACGACUACGAUGAUGAUGAUGAUGACGACACUGAGGGAAAAACUCCUCCAAAGAAGAAGAGAGACCCUCUUCCUACAGAUGUGAAUGAGGGAAGAACCAUCUUCAUCAGAAAUCUGGCCUUUGACACAGACGAAGAGGGUUUGGAAGAAGUGUUGUUGCAGUUUGGUGAGCUAAAAUACGUACGUGUGGUGAUGAACGCAGACACGGGAUGUUCAAAAGGUUGUGCUUUUGCUCAGUUCAAAAGUAAAGAAGCGGCAGAGAAAUGUAUCGCUGCUGCUGCUCAAGAUGAAAAAGAGUUUGGUGGCAUUAGAGUUGAUGGCAGGAGACUGAACAUUUUGCCUGCCGUGAACAGAGAAGAUGCUGCCAAAUUCAAGGACAAGAAAGUGAAAACUCACACAGGCUCCAGGAACCUUUACCUCGGCAGAGAGGGCUUGAUUCGUCCUGGAUCCAAUGCUGCAGAGGAAGUUUCAGAAGCUGAUAUGGCCAAGAGGACAAGAGUGAGUACGGAGAGUGUGAUGGGCAUCUUUUUCAUUAUUAUGAGACCCAUAGUGGAGUUCUCUCUGGAGGAUGGAAGGAAGCUGAAACUUAAAGCCAUUCGUUUGGAAAACAGCAAGAAGCAACUCAAAAAAGGCAGUAGCCAAAAAGGAGAGCAGCCACAGCAGCAGCAGCAGCAGCAGCAUUCGGGGAAGAAGAAAGGACCCUUGAGGAAAGAAAAUGCAGCUAAUGUUGUUAAACAGAAGGAACAAGGAAGCCAGUACAGCGGCUUUAUGUCUAAACCAGAGGUGGAGCAUGUAGAACUGAAGGAUGGCAAAAAACGGCCCAAGGUUCUGCACAUGCCUUCACACAGAGGCCCAAAAAUCAGGAAACGCGAUAAAGGAAAACAACCCAUGGUACAACCCAAGAAACAGAACAAAGGGCCCAGCAGGAAAGAGAGAAAGAUAUCUACUUUCACUGAGAAAUCCAGCAUGAACAGGAAACAGAAUGGCAAACCUGCAAAGAGAAAGUUCCAGAACAGAGAUGAUGUCCGCUUUGACACACUGGUGAACCAGUACAAAAAGAAACUGAUGGGAACAUCAAACACGAAGACUGCAGUCAAAAAGAGCAAAUGGUUCAUUUGAACAUAUGAGAUGUAAAAAUGUUGAAAACCUCUCAGAGGAGGACUAAAUUUAAUACUUUUGACUCUUGAGUUUUUAAAACUGAAAAGUCAGUUUUUCAUUGUGAUGUUGGUUUGCCUCAGAAAUAUAUUUCCAUUACAGAUCUAACAGAAUGCAGAGACGGUUCCAAUACGUAACAGACUGUGUUUUGUGGGGAUGUCUCUUGAACUACAUAUGUUUAUCGAGAGUUCCACGCCAAGUUUGUGUCCUGCUGUUUUGGCACAGGGAGUUUUUUUUAAACAUUACCAAUUUAGAGCUUCUGUAGACAGGAUGAUUGGUCAACUGUUGUCAAUAUGGACUUUGCCUACAUAGUUUAGCUGUCGUUAUUUAACUGCUUUUCUCAAACUUUGAAAACAGGUGGACUUGUUUUAAAUGCCAGCAGCCAAUUCCUGUCAUCCCGUGUUAAAUAAGUUAUGUAAAGCACCCUUGUUGAUAAAGUCUGGAAAAAAAAAAAUGUUUUUAUUGCUGUAUACAAAUUAAAUGAUACCAACAUCCAACAAUGA